GACGCCCAACAUAGCAAUCUGAGACCAAAUAGAAAGGCGUGUAAAGAAAUAGUUUUACAAAAGCUAAAUGUUAUCCAAAAAAUAAUGAUUUAAUCAAACACGUUUUUUGUUUUGUUUGAGCGUGAUAUCUUGUUUCUAAUAGAAGAGAGAGCAAAGUUUGUUAAACUAAGAACAGUGUAACAAAAAUAAAGAAUGCACGGCCUACAAAUCCCAAGGUGCAUUUCGUCUAUUCCCAUAGCAGCGGGAAGUUGGUUUGUGUCUGCCGUCAUGGAGAGUCAGAGCCGAGUCUUCGCUGAGAUCCUACCAGUCGCUGCUCGGGAGUUUACUGCUAAUGAAAAGCAUGGCCUCGAAGUGCGAGCAGUUAAUAGCCAAAACCCAAUUAACGUUAACCGGGCUCGGGAGGUCCAGGUCACGGGAACAGCGGAAAUUUGUGGCCCGGCGGACCGAGUGUCUGUGCGGGUCACUGUGGCAAACAGCAAAGAGUCUGUGAACGAGGUGACCAACAGCGUAACACGGCGACUUGAAUACAUUUUACAAAGCGUCAGACAACAUGGUGUCAUUGACGGAGACACCUCAGUGAGGAGGUUCCUCCACCGGGAAGCAGACCAGUAUCACAUGGAAGCAGAGGUCAAGGUCACUUUCUCAGAUUUUGAUAAGAUGGAGCGAGUGUGUAGCGUCCUGCUGGAGAAGCUGGACAAGAGUGUUUGUGUGGGAACGCCACAUUUCUUCCACAGUGCUGAAAGCCUGAAUCAAAUGAGGCGGCGGGCGUGUGUAUCAGCGGUUGAAAAUGCUCAGCAGAAAGCUUGCGAGGUCAGUCAGCUCCUGGGGCAAACUCUGGGACCCCCUCUUCAGGUCAGAGAGGAGGAGACAAGGGAAUGGAGGGGUGAGGAUGAGGAGGAUGGAGGCAGAUGCCGGGAUUCUGCACCACUUCCUCACAUUCCCCAUAUCACAGCCUCCUCACGGGUGUCCGUCUCCUUCAGCCUCAGAGACAGGAGCAGGAAAAAACUCUAACACAAUAAUGACACUGACUCAUGAAACCAAAGAGAGGAUUGUCACAGUUUAAAGUAUUUUAUUGCUAAAGUGCAGAAAGUUUUUUUUUCUAUCUCGGCCAACACUGUUUUGUAAACAGAUCAUUUUUUAAGCAUUCGCUUUGAUCUAAAAAUCAGGUGAUCAUUAAAUGAAAUGUUGGUAAUCAUUUGUUUUGGCACAUCAAAUUAAAGCACUUUGUAUUUGUACAUCUCAAAGAAAUAAAAGGUAAAUUAUA